AUGGGCGCCCCUGCGGAUCUUCGUCAUAGGCUCUCACUGCUGGACCCUGCACGCGUGCACCAUGUAGUGUUUGCCUACAGAUACCACGUCCCCUCCCACAGCCUGCGAUCUAAGACGGCGAGCGCAGACGUCAAGCAAUGCAACCCAGAAGCCGCAGAUCCCCUCGCUAGAAUCGUUUCCAGCUCCUCGACUGCGACGUCCAGGUCCGCCAUGGAUGCGACGCCCGGCUCGGUGAGCAGCAUCUCGACGCAGACCACCCGGGACGAGUGUGGAGAGCCCUUCAUUCUGCGCCAUGGCCGGCGCUACCUGAGGGGUUUCCAGCACUAUCCACUGCCCUGCGACCUGCCCGAGCUCCAGCGCCAGAACCUGCACACCCUCCUCGCGACCUCGGUCAUCGGGCGCGCUCUUGGCCACACGCCCUCACCGCAGAACCCCCCGAAGAAGGUACUCGAGCUUGCCUGUGGCAGCGCAUACUGGACCUCCGUUUGCCAUGAGUUCCUGAGCGGACUUGGCUACGAGGAUGUCUCGUACACAGGACUGGACAUUGUGCCUCUGGCAGGCGAUCUGCAGCGUCAAGGAAUCGAUUGGAAGUUCGUGCAAUACGACCUGCGCAAGCCGCCCCUCCCUUUUGACGACGACGAAUUCGACAUCGUAGUGAUGAAAGACAUGUCCCUCGUCGUGCCCCACGGCGCUGUCUCCCAGCGCAUCCUCGACGAGGCCACCCGCGUCCUCCGAUCCGGCGGCACCCUCGAGGUCUGGGAGACUGACCACAUUAUCCGCUCGAUUCUCCCACACCCACCCCCCGUGCCCGGCAAAUCCGCCCAAGAACGCGCCUGCGCCGAGGCCACCGGCACCUUCCUGAUCUCGCCCAUCACGCCCUUCACCGAAGUCCAGAACAAAUAUCUCCAGGACUCAAACUCCUGGAUCCAAGAAGCCCUCGACCGGCGCAAGCUGUCACCCACACCCUGCGCCCGCAUCAGCCAGAUGCUGCUGCAAGAGACAGAAACCCUGCACUCGGUCGGCGACCGCCGCAUCGCCAUCCCUCUCGGCGAACUGCGCUGGGAGCGCGAGCUCGCCGCCGCGACGACACCCGACGCCGACAAGCCCAAGCCCAGGCGCCGCGAGUCUGAGAGCCAGCGCCCGAACAUCAAGAAGGCGAGCGUAGCGCUUGACGCAGGCACGCUGACGGAGGAGCAGGCCGCGCUCAGGUACACGGCGUUGCUGGUCGUGGUGCAGAUGAUCGAGAGCCUGGAGCCGUUGCUCAAGGAGGUCAGUGGGAAGAACCAGGAGGAGUGGCAGCGGUGGUGGGCCGGGCUGAUGGGCAAUCUGCUCGAGCAGAAGGGCGCGAGCAGCGGCGAGUGUCUGGAGGUGGGCGUGUGGUGGUGCAAGAAGGUGUGA